UUAAUACAUGACUACCACAGUUACCACUGCCAUUUUCUCCCCUAGCGAUGAUGAAUCCAAUUAUCGCUCUUCUCUUUUGCUUCGAAAUGAACAGAAUGACAUGCACUUAUUGAAUAUACCGAGCAAUUUACCCAAGAAUAAAUUAUCCCUUAAUACUGUCCGAUCCACGGAAUUAUUGUCUGCAUCCCGGCCCAAGUUGCAUACGAAGCACAGUUCUGACACAUAUCGACUUCCAACACUUGAAAGAUUAGAGAAUGCAGCAGGGCUAUCUAGAAAUGCCAAAAUCACAGUUGAACCUGUAUCAUUUGCAGAAAACAGUGCUAGUAAUAUGACCAAAGGGACAGGGUCACAGAGUGAUGUUAAAAGUGUACGGUCUUUCAAUGGAUCAAUCAAUAACAGUAAGAAGAAGCAUAUCAAACAUAAAAAGAAGAGUCACCAUUCAACUCCUACCGAGGUAUUUGCAAAAAACCUUAGUGAAGCAGUGCUGGAUGUUGACGAUUCUUGUGAUGGCUAUGUAUAUCAUACACCCUACAAACUAUAUCCUCCACUUUCUCCUCCUAUAUCUCCUUUUGACUUGACAGCCAAUAGUAAUCGAUUAUCUACUAGUUGUAAUGAUGACAGUGGAAGCUAUUUUUCGGAUUGCCAUCGUCAAAAACCUCGUCGUCCUGGACUAAGGUCUGCUGUCUCUGAAUUACCUGCAGGAGGAACAAUAAAGCCAUACUAUUUUGAUUUGCUGGCUAUUAAACUUGAAAAGCAUGGACUUCAUCGCGGAUUUCGCUAUCGAUGUUCAUCAAGUGAAGAUGAGGACAAUGAUGAAGAGAGCACUCCUUUGCUAUAUUAUUCGGGAAAGAAAGACGUACACCGUAACACUAGAAGCUUGCUUUGGAAAAAAGAGAGCAGAUCAAGACGCUCAAAACUAAAGAGCAGAACCUGCUUUUGGUGGUUAACAACAGUAUCUUUAUCAUGCUUUGUUUUAUGCUUUAUAAUGAUACUCCUUGCUAGUCCAUUACAUUCUGUAGAGAUAUUCUCAGUUGGAAAUGUGCUAGGGACUCAAAAACAGUUGAUGAUUGAUCUUUAUGUAAGAGCUAGAAACUCCAACAGUUGGAAUAUUCAAGUCUCCCAUGCGGCUAUUAGUCUAUUUGCUGCUAGUCAUUACGUUCCAACGAUAGCGCAAGGCACUGGAAACACAACUGCGCAUGAAAAGACUAAUAACAAACAAGAAUAUUUGGGCACACUUAACAAAUUAGACGACCCUUUGAUUUUUGAAGCAUCACCAUUGUUCUAUUUCAAUUCCAAGUUGAGUACCCCGGCAAGCCAUAUUCAGAUUAAAAAUCCAGGCGAAGCAAAAGACGACGUAUCUGGAAACGAACGAUGGUCAUUGUUGAUUCGAUACCCCUAUGAAUUGACCUUGAGAGGUGUUCUGAGAUACCAGCUUUUUCCAUUUUUUCAUACCAAAACUUAUUCUGCAAGAGUCUGUAAAGUUGUUCAUGUCAAUCCAGCGACUGGCGCUGUCGGAGAAGCACCACUACCUGAACAAUCUAUCUGUGACGAGGAUUAAUUAAUCUAUCUCUGUAAUUAUCAUGUAUUACAAUGAUUUGUGUUUAGCAUAAAUAUUUCUAGUUAUGAUGCAAAAAAAAAAAAAAAAAAAAAAAAAAAAAA